AUGAUGCAAAAAAAAAUUGGGAGAUUGGGACAAUGGACGAAAGAAAAGGUAACAAACAGAGAAUACGGAGCGCAUAUACUCAUAGAUUUAGCUCGGGAGGGAACAGGCAACACAAACAACGGAGGAAUUCAAGGAGCUGGAAUUGGAGAUGCAGAUGAGACAAGAAGGGACAGAGAGGCUUUAUUUGGCGAUAUCUUACUGGGUGAAGUCGAUGGGUAUUUUUUUGCGGGAGCUAGAGGGCAAAAUGCUGAGAAACAAGCAGUUAACCGGCGGGAAGACGGGAAACAGACGGUCAUGGGGGCUUUUAGCAAAGCACUUUUAGAUUUUGGAGAGGGAUUUCCCCCAGAAUCAGUUUAUGGGCAAGGACUGCUGAAAUAUGGGGCAGCACACAAGGAAAUAUCAAAAAUACAGGAACAGUUUAUCAACGACGUAUCUAAUACGGUUCUGGGUUCGAUGGAUCGUUCUUUGGUUCAAUUUAAAGACUAUCAAACGGCACGCAAGAAGCUGGAAAGUCGGCGACUGUCGUAUGAUUCGGUAUCUAACCGGUUUCUGAAAGCAAAGAAGGAAGAUCCACGAAUAGAAGAAGAAUUGAGGGUAGCCAAGGCUAAGUAUGAAGAAGCGUGUGAAAAUAUAUACACACGAAUAUAUGCAAUUCAGCAGUUGGAGACGACUCAAUUAAGUAAUUUGGCGGCGCUUCUUGAUAUGGAGUCUAAAUAUUAUAAAAACUGCCAUAUAGCUAUACAGGAAUUAAAGAAAUCAUGGGAAGAAAUUAAUAACGCAUGUAAAUCAAGCUCGAAAUAUGUUAAAUGUCAAAAAGUUUCAGCACAUGCCUUCAACAAUGAAAAUACUAUAGGGAAGAUGGUUCAGCCUUUCCAGUCAAAGGUGUCUUUGUCUUCAAGUAUAAGCAAUAAUUUUUCCAAAUCGGAUUUGAACAGUUCUGAAAACGAGUUUGUUCCCAGAUCAUUUAAAAAAACCGCACCGAAAUCUGUUCGAUCCACUGAUCAUGAAGAAACAUGUGACGAAACAUUUGAAAUAAGACAUUCUAGCGAGAAAAACAUAGAAAACCCUUUUUUAAGUGAAGAAAUAUCAAUAGUAGAUCAACAAACUAGCAAAGAAAAUAGCAAAAAAAACACUGAGAAUAGCGAUGUACCUAUUUAUAAAAAAAACGUAUUCCCUAUACGUCAUAAUUCAACAUUAAAAAACUCGAAUGUUACAAGUUUUCAAAAUACAUCUCAGGAUUCUUCCGAUGACGAUUAUACAUCAUACAAUGAGGAUAGAUCAGACUCGUAUCUAGAAAAUAACUCGUAUGAUUCUUCAAAUACAUUUUCACGUUCAGAUAUUUCAAUAUCAAAACCGUGUACGUAUUCAAAAAUCGUACCAGGAUUUAAAAACUCAGAACCCCUCGUUGUAAAAAAUACAAAGCCAUCCCUUCCUUCUCGGGCUUCACUUGUUCCUAAUUCAAACAAAAUAAACAAUACGUGUAAAUCUUGUGACUGUAAAGAUUUUCAGGAAAGUCUUUUUAAAAAAGGUAUUAUUUUCUACUAA